AUGAUCUCUUUCGUUGCCGCUGUGGACCAAAGAGGGAUGUCGACCGCUCGGGAUGACAGGGAUCGGGAUCAGGAGGAUGAGCUCACCAUCCCCAGAGCCUCCAUCAACAAGAUGAUCAAGGAGUUCCUGCCCACCAUCCGGGUGGCGAACGAGUCGCGGGAGCUCAUCCUGAACGCUUGCUCCGGCUUCAUUCGGUUCAUCUCCACAGAAGCCAACAGGAUCUGCACUCAGCAGCAGAAGAAGACGAUCAGUGCCGACCAUGUCAUUCAGGCACUGGAGGAAAGCAGUUUCUCCGACUACGCCUCGAAAGCCAAGGAGACCCUGGUGGACUGCAAGGCCGUGGCCGCGAAGAAGAGGCGGCAGUCCACUCGCCUGGAGAACCUGGGCAUCCCCGAGGAGGAGCUGCUGCGGCAGCAGCAGGAGCUCUUCGCAAAGGCAAGCCGCGGAGCGAAGAAGCGCUCGAUGCAUUUGUCCUUCUUCUGA